AUGCUGCAUACGAAUUCCGGUGGAGGGCGCAGAUCGUGCGAGCCAGAUGCCGGCGCCCGUCAGCAGAUCGGGUCGGCAGCUGCGAGCAUUCUCGAGUGGCGCGGCGAGGCGGCGCGAGCGAAGGUGCUAGAUAAGGCCGAGUACGACUCGCUUCCCGGCGUCGUCUCCACCUCGGUCGGCUAUACGGGUGGUGCGUCCUCGAACCCCACGUACUCCACCGUCUGCCGCGGGGACGGGCACACAGAGGCUCUCAAGGUGGAGUACGACCCGACCAAGACUUCAUACGAGGCGCUGAUGACACGCUUCUUCGCCGAGGCGUCGGCCCACAAGAGCAAGCCGCAGUACAUGAGCGCCGUGUGGGCGCAGAAUGCGGAGCAAAGGGCGACCGCCGAGAGAAUUGCGAGGCAGAGCGGCAAGCCCAUCCCCGUGCUCGACGCAAAGCAGUGGCACGACGCUGAGGAGUAUCAUCAGCACUACAUCGACAAGCAGUAUGGAAGGAGGCCGCAACAGCAAGAUGAGGGCCGCACACCGAGACCUGGAUCGUGCGUGUGCGCCCCCGCUGUGGCCGGGCUGCUGAAGAGCUUAUAG